UUGGGAGGAAGCAAAAGUACAGAGCUUGGCUCUCGGGCCAUCUUCCGUCCCGCCGACACAUCUCCCAUUCUCUCUCUCUCUCUAUCUCUAUCGUUGUUCCCACCAAAAUGCCAUUCAUCCCAUCGGAAGCAACACUGCUGCCAGCGGCCUAUACCAUCGCCGGAUUCGCCGGUUCAAUCACACUGCUCCGGCUUUACAAGCUAAGGAAAUGGGGCCGCGUACGGUCAACCUUUUCGCUGCGUGACAAAACCUUCGUCAUCACCGGUGCCAACACGGGACUCGGCUACGAGACCACCAAAGCGCUGGUGCGCCGAGAGGCAACCGUCAUAAUGGCGUGUCGGAAUAUGGCCAAAGCACAGGCAGCCAUCGAGAAGAUCCGCCAGGAGGAGCAAGAAGAGAGCAAAGGCAGCAAAACCCGUGGAACACUCAUUCCGAUGCAGCUCGAUCUGGCAUCGUUCCAAUCCGUUCGCCAGUUUGCCGGCGAAUUGCAACGUACCGUACCCCGGUUCGAUUGUCUCGUGAACAAUGCGGGUCUGGCAGUGCGCGAACCGGAGUUUACGCGUGAAGGCUACGAGGUGCAUUACGGUGUGAACCAUUUGGGUCAGUUCCUGUUGGUCGAACUGCUAAAGGAGCGGCUGCUGGAGCAGGGUACCCGUGUCGUCGUCGUUUCUUCACGGAUGCACGAGAUCGAAGCGGAGAUCGAUUUCGAGAAUCUCGGCCGAUGGGUGGAGUAUGGGAGCAGAUUGAACCGGCUAUACAACAACUCGAAGCUGAUGAACUUCUAUUAUGCCCGCGAGCUGUACAAACGGGGCUACAAUGUGCACGUGCUCUGUCCGGGUCUCUGCCAUACGGACUUCUUUCGACACUACGAGCCCAAGUGGUACCACUAUCUGCUCUUUUCGCCGAUCGUCUGGUUGAUGCUGCGCAGCGCGGAACAGGGUGCCCAGAACAUCAUCUACGCGGCCACGGAAAGCGUGACGACACCGGAAUGCAAUCCGAUCACCGGGCACUUCAUCUCGAACGUUCGCAUGCGCCGGUCCAAGUUUCCGUUCGACGAGAACACCUCCAUCCGGCUGUGGGAUGAGAGUGUCCUUGCCAUCGAACGAUCCUCGAGCAGCACGACCUAGUGCAGAAGUAGCAGCAGCAGCAGCAGCAGCAGUGUUGUACUUUACGAUGGUGAUGGUGAUAAGGCAUGCUAGGAGCAUAAGACAGUGUGGUGUGGUGUGUGGUGCUUGUUAGAAGGAGUGAAAGUGGAGGUACAUUAAACCCGGUCGUCCAGGUCGGUUGGUCGUCGAUCGAGUACUUGACUAACUCGUGCUCCUCCUGGUGGCGGAUACACAUACACUGCACUGCCCUUCUUAGGCGGAA